GCAUUACCUCCAGUAGGACAAAGACUUGUGAACUCCAUGUUUCUUCCUUUUGCUACUUGUGAUCAUUGAAACACCUAAACCCUACAGUGUCAACAUGAGAGAAGAACUGAAUGCAGCAGAAACUGAACAGCCACCUGCCCAUCAGGAGGUGAUUCCUGUGGGCCACCUCAAUCUGGCCUUCUCUCAGGAUGAGAAACCUCAAGACAAGAAACCUGGCGAUGACAAACCUGAGAAGAAUCUUGAUUCCAAGUCAAAGAACAAGAAAAAGAAGAAAAAGAAGCCUAAAGAGGCCAAGGAGCUGGGGAAAUCAGUCGGGCUUUUCCAGCUGUUUCGUUACGCCACCUGUCCAGAGGUGUUCCUGAUGCUGAUUGCUCUUAUGUGUGCUGCUCUUAAUGGAGCUUCCCUGCCUCUCCUGUGCGUCGUGUUUGGGGAGAUGACUGACAAAUUUGUGCAAAGUGGACAACAAUUCAAUUUAACAGGAAACUUUACAGGAAACUUCACCGUGAGCUCCUCAGGCUGCGUGGCCAUUCCUGGAGUUGACAUUGAAGGAAAAAUGACGAUGAACUCUUAUUACUUUGCUGGACUUGGGGCUGCAGUGUUGCUCUUUGGGACGUUCCAGGUCAUGCUGUUCUUACUGACAGCCACCAGACAGACCAAACGGAUCCGAGAGAAGUAUUUCCAUGCCAUCCUCCACCAGCAGAUGGCAUGGUUCGACACACAUCCCAUCGGAGAACUCAACACUCGACUCACAGAUGACAUUAACACAAUCAACGAUGGCCUGGGAGACAAGAUCUGUAUCUUUGUCCAGUUCUUCUGCAGAUUUAUCACUGGUAUAAUCAUCGGAUUCAUCUAUGGCUGGAAGCUAACGCUGGUCAUUUUGUCAAUCAGUCCACUGCUGGCAGGUUCAGCUGCAGCGUGGUCCAAAAUUCUUGCCAGUCUCACCAGUAAGGAGCUAUCAGCCUAUGCCAAAGCUGGAGCUGUGGCUGAGGAGAUACUUGUGGCCAUCAGGACUGUGGUGGCAUUCAAUGGGCAAAAGAAAGCUCUAGAAAAGUAUGAAACCAAUUUGGUGGAGGCAAAGAAAUUUGGAGUGAAGAAAGCUGUUACCACAAAUGUGUCUAUGGGCUUAACGCAGUUCUUCAUAUUUGCUACAUAUGCUUUGGCAUUUUGGUACGGCACAAAGCUCUCUGUGGAUGAACCGGAGAACUACACCAUUGGUAAAGUCCUCACUGUCUUCUUCUCAGUGAUGAUUGGAGCAUUCUCUUUGGGUCAGGGGGCUCCCAAUCUGGAGAGUAUCGCUAAGGCCCGCAGUGCUGCAUAUCCAAUCUACAACACCAUUGAUAUGCCCCGUCCCAUUGACAGCAGCUCAAAGGAAGGCUACAAACCAGACAACAUAAAAGGCAACAUUGAAUUCAAGAACAUUUACUUUAGCUACCCCUCCAGAAAGAAUGUGAAGAUUCUUCAGGGAAUGAGCCUAAAAGUACCUCGUGGAAAGACGAUCGCUCUGGUAGGGGCUAGCGGCUGUGGGAAGAGCACCACUAUUCAGCUGCUGCAGAGGUUUUAUGAUCCAGAUGCUGGGGAGGUGACCCUGGAUGGUCGAGAUAUCCGAUCCCUGAAUGUGCGAUGGCUGAGGGAAAAUAUGGGCAUUGUGAGCCAGGAGCCCGUGCUCUUUGGAACGACUAUUGCUGAGAACAUUCGCUAUGGCCGUGGGGACGCCACUGACGAGGACAUUGAACGGGCCGUGAGAGAGGCUAAUGCCUAUGAGUUCAUCUCCAAACUACCAGAUAAACUGAACACCAUGGUGGGCGAACGGGGGGCACAGCUGAGUGGUGGGCAGAAGCAGAGGAUUGCUAUAGCUCGUGCUCUGAUCAAGAACCCCAAAAUCCUCCUGCUGGAUGAAGCCACAUCAGCCCUGGAUACUCAGAGUGAAUCCAUUGUUCAGGCUGCUUUAGAUAAGGCGAGAGCAGGUCGCACUACCAUAGUGAUUGCUCACCGGCUGUCCACCAUCCGCUCUGCUGAUGUGAUUGCUGGUUUCAAAGAUGGUCAAGUGGUGGAGCAGGGCACUCACAGAGAACUUAUGAACAAGAAAGGAGUCUACUACUCUCUCGUCAUGCAGCAGACUAGUGGGAGACCAGGUGAUGAUGAAGAGGAAGACAAUGAUGAAAAUGUGUCAGAAGGGGAAACAAGCCAGGAAUCAUCUGACAGUGAGAUCCCUGAUGACCUGGUGGAGGUAAAAAUUGAAAAUGGAGGCUUUGAGAGAAGUUCAAUAAGACAUAGCAUGAAUCUUCAAAGGAAAUCAUCGAAAAGGAAGUCAGCAAAGAAGAAGAAGUCAAAGAAGUCAAAGAAGUCCAAUCCUGCAAAAGAAAAGGAGAAAGAAGAAAAAGUUCCUGAAGUCCCUUUUAGCAGGAUCAUGGCUCUGAACAAGACAGAGUGGCCCUUUGUGAUGAUGGGAACGGUUGCCAGUUUUGUAGGAGGAGGUGUCUACCCCUGUGUGGGCAUCCUCUUUGCCAAAAUCAUUGGUGUGUUUGCUGAGAUUGACCCUGAAGUGAAGCGCCAGAAGACUCUGCUGUUCUCUCUUCUCUUCCUGCUUGUUGGUGCUGUUGCAUUUAUUACAUAUUUCUUUCAGGGCUAUAUGUUUGGCAAGUCUGGAGAAAUUCUGACCAUGAGGCUGAGAAGUCAGGCUUUCAAAGCCAUUCUAAGACAAGAUAUUGGCUGGUUUGAUGACCACAACAAUGCAGUAGGAGUCCUGACCACUAAAUUAGCUACAGAUGCAUCAUUAGUUAAAGGAGCAGCAGGUUCUAGACUGGGUUUGGCCACUGGCACUGUUUGUGCUCUGGUUAUUGCUGUGGUAGUAGCCUUCUGUUUUUGCUGGCAGCUCACACUUCUCAUCCUUGCUUGCGUUCCCUUCCUCACUGGAGCCAAUUUUAUCCAAAUGAGAGCAAUGUCAGGUCAUGCAUCAAAAGACCAGAGUGCACUGGAAGCAUCAGGCAAGAUAUCCACAGAAACUGUUGAGAACUUCAAGACUGUUGUUGCAUUGACGAAAGAAGAUAUCUUCCUCUGCAUGUUCAAUGACAGUCUCAGUAAACCAUAUAGGUCUGCCUUAUGUAAAGCACCAAUUUAUGGAGUCACCUUUGCUCUUGCUCAAGCAACUCCUUUUUUCGUCAAUGCUUCAGUCUUCCGCUUCGGAGCCUGGCUGAUUGCCCACUGCUACACUGAAUAUGAAAAUGUUUACCUGGUGUUUUCUGUAAUCGUCUUUGCUGCCAUGAGCAUUGGUCAGUCCUCAUCAUUUGCCCCAGACUUCGCCAAAGCCAAAGCAGCAGCUGGGAGGAUUUUAGACUUGCUUGAGAAAACGCCUGAGAUUGACAUCUACAACGAGGGAGGAGACAAACCUAUGAGCUUUAAGGGAGACAUAGAAUUCCACGACGUGCAUUUCUCCUACCCAGCACGGCAGAAUGUGAAGAUUCUGCAGGGCCUAAACGUGUCUGUGGCCCAAGGACAGACCCUGGCUCUGGUGGGAAGCAGCGGCUGUGGGAAGAGCACCUCCAUCCAGUUGCUAGAACGCUUCUACAACCCUGCUAGUGGCCAAGUGUUUGCAGAUGGGACAGACACUCGGACGCUCAAUCUUGCGUGGCUGCGCUCUCAGCUGGGCCUGGUCUCUCAGGAGCCCAUUCUGUUUGACUGUACCAUUGCUGAGAACAUCCAGUAUGGAGACAACAGUCGUGUGGUCAGUCAGGAAGAGAUUGUGGAGGCUGCUAAAAAUGCCAAUAUCCAUGACUUUAUUCUUGGCCUGCCAGAGAAAUAUAACACACGUGUGGGAGAUAAAGGCACUCAGUUGUCUGGAGGGCAGAAACAGAGGAUAGCCAUCGCUCGAGCUCUGGUCCGCAAACCCAGAGUGCUGUUGCUGGAUGAAGCCACUUCAGCUCUGGACACGGAGAGUGAGAAGAUUGUGCAGAAAGCUCUGGACGACGCCCGCCAGGGACGAACCUGCAUCGUCAUCGCCCAUCGCUUGACCACCAUCCAGAAUGCUGACAUCAUUGCAGUCAUUCAGAACGGCCAGGUGGCAGAGCAGGGCACGCACAGCGAGCUAAUGGCCAAACAGGGGGCAUAUUACGCCCUGGUCAACGCACAGGUCGCUCACUAACACGUUUAAUUGUGAAAGUGAGGUUGUCUGUACAGUUGUACAGCAGAAUGCUGCCAUUCACAGCUCUCCAUAUGGACUAUAAGUAACUAUGCUACUCUAUCUUGUCUGUCGUGUUUCAGCUGCAUAUCACUUGCACUUCUUGGCACUUGGUCACCAAAUGACAGAUGCAGUUCAAGUUACUGUAGAAAAAGAUGUAUAAUUACUGCAGUUGUUUUUUAUAUAUGACUCUUAUAUACUUUAGAAUAUGCUUUAGUUUCAAAGUGAAGCGUAACAUUCACUUGAAGAAAAGUCCAAAUUGUCUUAUUUCACAAUUUCUAAAAUGUCUGUUUGGUACAGAAGCUGGCUGAUCUGUUUCCAUUUCUACAUGGGAUUUAUACUGGGACUCUCAUGUCACUCCUGAGAAAUUAAUUAUAGGACUGUAAUUACAGUUGUACAGUAAAAUACUCUUGCCAUAUAUUGUAAAUACAAGCCAAUUUUAUCUUUUUUAAGAACUAUUUUGCUGUUUCCACUUGUACAUGUUGUAGAAGAUCAUUAUUUGA